UCCAGCACUCCGCUCGGGUUCGCUGUGAUUUCAUACCGAAGUCAUACUUGACAUUCCAGGUUUACUGUCAAAUCAGGAGAAAAAAUUCUACAAAAACAUCAGCGUGGUUUGCAUUUGUAAAUGUGCUCAUGAGAUAAAACCCGAAUUCCCUUUUUGCCCGCAGUAGAGUAGAAGUUUGCGUUUAAGUCCUGGGUGUGAGGGCUCACGUAGGGGCCCAGGUGGAGCCGCCACAAUUGCAGCCAACGAGUGGAGCACCAACGGGAGCCCGGAGGAGGGGCAGGAGGAUGGAGUGGAUGGGAUGGAUAAGGCCGGAAUGGACGGCGAUGCGGAGGGCGUCUGGAGCCCUGACAUUGAACAGAGUUUCCAGGAGGCUCUGGCCAUUUAUCCCCCCUGUGGGCGCAGAAAGAUCAUCCUUUCAGAUGAAGGCAAGAUGUAUGGUCGUAAUGAGCUGAUAGCGAGAUACAUUAAAUUGCGGACUGGAAAAACCCGCACUCGAAAACAGGUGUCUAGUCACAUACAGGUGUUAGCCAGGAAGAAAAUGCGGGAAUAUCAAGCAGGCAUCAAGGCCAUGAACUUGGAUCAGGCUUCCAAAGACAAAGCCCUGCAGAACAUGGCCGCUCUCUCCUCCGCUCAGAUCGUUUCUGCCAGUGUGAUGAAGAGUCAGCUGCCUCCUCUUCCUCAGCACCCCUACCCCCCUCCAGCCCGGUUUUGGCCCGGCCCCAUCCCAGGACAGCCUGGACCUUCUCAGGACAUCAAACCCUUUGCACCGAGUCCGUACUCCACCCUUCAGCCUCCACUGCCUACACCCAUAUCAAGCUAUGAGCAGUUACCCACCCCGCACCCCCCGAGCGCCUCUGCCAUGCCUGUGUGGCAGGACCGGACCAUUGCCUCCUCUAAACUCCGCAUGCUGGAGUACUCAGCCUUCAUGGAGCUCCAGAGAGACCCUGACACUUACAGCAAGCACCUGUUUGUCCACAUCGCCCAGACGAACCCCUCAUACACAGACCCUCUCCUGGAGGCCGUGGACGUCCGUCAGAUCUACGACAAGUUCCCAGAGAAGAAGGGAGGCCUGAAGGAGCUGUUUGAGAAGGGCCCUCAGAACGCCUUCUUUCUGGUCAAAUUCUGGGCUGAUCUGAACAGCAGUAAUGUUCAGGAUGGCGCAGGCUCGUUCUAUGGGGUCAGCAGUCAGUACAGCAGCGCUGAAAACAUGACCAUCACUGUCUCCACUAAAGUCUGUUCUUUUGGGAAGCAGGUGGUAGAGAAAGUCGAGACGGAGUAUGCGCGUGUGGAGGGCGGGAGGUACGUUUACCGGAUCCAUCGCUCACCCAUGUGUGAAUACAUGAUCAACUUCAUCCAUAAACUCAAGCACCUGCCAGAGAAAUACAUGAUGAACAGUGUCCUGGAGAACUUCACUAUACUGCAGGUUGUCACAAACAGAGACACACAAGAGACUUUGCUAUGCAUUGCGUUCGUGUUUGAGGUGUCUACAAGUCACCACGGAGCACAGUAUCACGUUUACAGACUCGUCAAGGACUGAAUGACCCUUGAGCCAAAAAGCCCUCCAGAUGCCGUUCGUCCAGUGCUUACGAACACUUACGAACAAAGUGAGGAAAAGAAAACUAGACAGACCUGAAGAUCACAAACACAAUCAUGGGCAAAACACAGACCGGGAUCCUCUGCACUAGGUUUUGUUGUAUAUUUAGUCGUGUUCCUUAAAAGCAAAGGAAAUGCACUUUCAGGGAUAAUUCUGUUUCUUACUGUUUUGUGGGGUAGAGAGAGGUCUUGAAUGUCUGUGGUGGGUGAACUCUGAUUCUGAUGCUUGUCAUGUUUAUGGUACUAGACUCUGAAGGCACAAAGGUCUUUUUAAAGCCAAUAAUAAGCGAACAGGAAAGGAAUUCUGGUGGAUACGAGUCUUUCUCUAUCAGAAAUGUUGUGAUGGUGUAUGUUUGUCUUUCGUUUAGACACAGCGGCUUGCUACCUCUGACCCUUGACAGACUGCGGGCUCAGAUUGUUCUCAGAACGAUGAAAAUAAAAACGGUUUUGUGUAGGAAAGAGACACUGAAUGUUUGUGAUGGUAAGAGCAAGUUGCAUAAAAAGUUUAGGGUUCGUGUUUUUUUUCACGAAUGUCACACACUUUUGCAAGUUUUACUCUUGACUCAGCUUGAUUUUCUGUUUUGGAAAAUGCAAAUGUGUGAGCUAUUUCUACCUCCUGGUGUUACAUGGAUAUGUAUGGAAGCCUGUUUCCGCAAGAGAAUAAAAAUUUUUUUUUUUUAAUUGUUUUAUAUUCCGCAAAAAAAACAAAAAAAAAAAAAAAAAACAGAAUUGUGAAAUGUAAACUCGGAAUUCUGAGGAAAAAAAUUCAGAAUUGUAAGAUCUAAAGUCAGAACUGAGAGAAGUAAACUUGAAAAUGCUAAUUGUUUAUUCUCAUAAUUCUUGACUUUUUUUUCCCUCAAAGUCUAAAUUGUGAGCUUUAAACUCCAAAAAGCCAGAAUUGUGAUAUAAAAGUGGCAAAUACCUUUUUAUUUUAUUUUUUUUCCAUAGCGUAAAAAAAAAAAA